UCGUCCUACUAAUUCUCCCCUUUCCUCUAUAACAGAAAACAACCUCUCCUCUUUUCUCUCUCUCUCCAUUCCCAUAACAAACUUACUCAUCAAGCCUCACUCUCCUUCUCCCUCUCACCUCCACACACCAUGCCUUGAAUUUAAUCAACAAUGGCCAAAUCUACCCCUUCCAACUCCUGGUUCAACAAACUCUUCCGCCGUCGCAGUCGCCGCCGCGGCAAAACCAUCUCCCCUCCCCCUUCCACCACCACUACCACAACCACCACCACUACUACCGCCACUACCGAUUCCAACUUCUACGACAUUGACAAUCUCGAUGCCAACAAGCAUGCAAUAGCAGUGGCAGCCGCAACAGCAGCCGUUGCCGAAGCUGCUCUCGCGGCGGCGAAAGCCGCUGCCGAAGUCGUCCGCCUCACUUCUAAUGGCCCUUCGCCUUCUCCGGUGGCCGGACACGUCAGCAACAGCUGUAGUAGGAGGUGGUCGUUAGAGCAUUUCUCUGCUGUUAAGAUUCAGUCCGCUUUUCGAGGCUACCUGGCAAGGAGGGCUCUGAAGGCACUAAAGGGACUAGUUAAGCUUCAAGCUCUUGUUAGAGGCCACUUUGUUAGAAGACAAAGCACAGACAUGUUACGGCGCUUACAAGCCUUGGUUCGAGUCCAGAAUCGAGCUCGAGUUAACCGUGUACUAAACUCGGAUUCACCUAGUCAUGACGAACAGAAUUCCAGAAGUUAUGAAGUCUAUGACAGGAGUGAAAAGCUUGAGGAUUCUCCUAUCAUCAAGAGGUGUGGAAGCAACAGAGAGGCGAAGAGCAACGACAGCAAACUUUCAGCAACAAAUUGGGUAGAAAACUGGGUGGAAGCCGGAUCUUCGGUUAACAGCCAUAGCUCGAUCAAGGUUCCUUUAGCAGAUGAUGAAAAGAGUGACAAAAUCGUAGAAGUCGAUAGCUGGAUCAAACCUCACACAAAAACAAGAAACAGCAGAUCCUUCCAACUGCCAAGAAUGCAGCACAUUUCAGUGCAAGACUACCACACUCGCAGCUUUGCAGCCUCCGAUUACCUAGCAAAAUACAGCCCGAAUGAUCUUUUCAAGCCCGGUUCAAGCCCGUGUGCAGAGGACGUUGCUUCGAUGAAAUCCCUGCAGUUUCCCUGCACUGCAGAGAGCAGUCCUGCAGAUCAGGCCUUAUCUUCAGCUCCUCGGGCUUUUGGUAGUUCUAGAAGAAGCCCGAAAACCCCGUUGAGGCAUGAGUUUUCGAGUAAGAGGAGCUUAUGGAGUGGGUACACGGGCUUUGCAAGCCCGAGCUAUAUGGCUAAUACGGAGUCAUCACGGGCCAAGAGUCGGUCUCAUAGCGUGCCUAGACAACAACGAGGGGAUAUCGAUGUUGAGAGUAAUAAGCGCGGUUCAAUCAAGAGGUCUCUUCACGCGUUUUGGCAAUCAAAGACGUCCUCUAAAAAUAACUCGGAUCCUUUCGCUAACUUAUGAAAAUAAAAGGAAGGUUAAUUAUAUAAUUUAAUAAAGCUAAAUGUGGUUAAUUGUCUGAGUUUAGGAUUGUAACUAUGUUAAUGUUUUGUGAUUUUCCACUUUGGGGGUAGUUUAGUUAUAAUUUUAUGGCAAUGUCCAAACAUGAUUUUGUGAGUGUUUAUUAAUGUUUUGUAAGUUAAUUAGGGGGUAAUUAAGACUAUAUAAGUGUUCAAAAAUCAUGUUUGGACAGAUUGUUUGAUAUUAUUAUAGUAUGGAACUUCUAGUAAUUUAAUUAAUCAUGUUUCUCCA